GUCAAUUUGUAUUUCAACAUGGCUGGAGUUCUGUUUGAGGAUAUUUUCGACGUCAAAGACAUCGACCCAGAAGGGAAAAAAUUCGACAGAGUUUCUCGACUUCACUGUGAAAGUGAAAGUUUUAAAAUGGAUCUUAUACUUGAUGUGAAUACCCAGAUCUAUCCAGUUGAUUAUGGGGAAAAAUUCAGACUGGUUUUGGCUAAUACUCUCAAAGAAGAUGGCACCCCAGAUGAUGGGGAAUAUAACCCUUCAGACAGUGGACCCUCGCGUGCUGACCAGUUUGAAUAUGUCAUGUAUGGAAAAGUUUACAGAAUAGAAGGAGAUGAAAGUGGAGUUGAUGCUCCAACAAGACUAGCUGCAUAUGUGUCUUUUGGUGGUCUACUAAUGAGGCUUCAAGGUGAUGCUAACAAUUUACAUGGAAUGGAAGUAGACGACCAUGUGUACCUCUUGAUCAAGAAGCUGGCUUUUUAAAUGGGUUUGCUUCUGUGGCUGAUAUGACACCAAGAGGAAUAGUUUCUCCUCUUAAAAAUUUUAGUCUUCAUGAACAAUAGGUUGCAGGUACAGGCAUGAGAUGAUCAUGUUUUAGUUAUGGAGCAUGGCUGUUUAUGUAAAAAGGAACAGAAGAGCUUAUUUUGUACCCUUGUGUAGGUAUACUUUCUCAUGGUUGUUAUUAUGGCAAGAAAAUAGAAAUGUUUGCUUCUUGACUAUCAAAUCUAAAAUGUUGCCCUAACUUGUUUCUGUUUUCAAUUAUUUCAAUAAAUGUUUGGUGAUACUAAUGUCUUUCAAGAUUAUAUCAAUGGAGAGUGAACAUCAUAAAUCCCAACAAAGUUUAUUUUAUUACAAGCUACAGCAACAGUGAAGAAAAAUGUCAGGCUUUUGGUAGGAGAACAUGGUUUCACUCUUGUACAUGACCUGAGUGUUACUCAGCAGUACCGAAAUAAAGAAUGUAACAACACAAUAUUGAUAACAUUGUGAAACAAAUUUGCAUUCAACUUUUGCUUUUGGGAAAUCUUUUUUAUUGUAGAUAAAGCUGUAUUUUCACCAUUCUACUGUUGCAUCAUCAUCAUCCAAAUAUAAGCAGUAUACAGGAAGUUUAAUGCAUGAAUGAAGCCUAGCCACAGCCACUUUUGUGCAAUCCUUCAACCCCCAAGAGUGAUUAGCAUGUUAUUUCUUUAUACAGUAUCACCUAUGAAUCAAACAUUAAGGUUACGAGAAUUAAGGAAAUGAUCACCACCUAAAGAAACUCUUGAUUGUCAAACAAUUUCUCUUUGUCAAAACCAUAAGGAAUGUUAAGAGACCAGUAUGGAGAAUAUGAACACUGAUGUUGGGGUUUAAAGAGUUAAUGAAAGAAAACGAGAAAGAGGUGAUAGCAAAUCUAAGAUUUGUAAGAAAUUUGGUUUUCUUAUGUUUUGCUUGGCGAUGUGAAACCUCUUACUCCACAGGGUAAGCAGGAGAGAAUUUCUUUAAUAUUACUAUAUGUUCCAGGGGAAAGCUGAUGCAAAGGAAAAAAAAAACUAUUUGAUAUUGUUUGAUAUCACAACUUUCUUAUAGCCAAGAUUUUUAGAAAUUUAUAGGAGACAGGAUGGAGAAUUAAUAAUUAGAAAUUUUUGAUAAUACGUUGCGAUUUGCAUGGCUUUCGCCGAGAGUUUUUACCUUUUCCCCUAAAGAUUAACAAGCAUCGAAUUUCUCCUUACAAUAUCUUUAGAUUUUCUUCUAAAGGCAAAGACAAAUUUUCCCUUUUAAAAAAAUUUCGGUUUAAACUUUAAGGUUAUCCACGGCCUUUUUGUAUUUAGCUGUAUGUCAAGGUAGUCAAGUAUAAGAACAAAUAAAAGUUCUCGAAAGCUGUUUA